AGGAAUAUCUCACAGCUGCUUUAACUAGGAACAUUAUGACAAUUAACGCACGCCGAUUACCAGGCCAUCUUCAUCCAAUUAGACGCAGAGCAGAUUUAUGCAUCAUGGCAAAGAUUGAUCAACCACUACAAGUACUCGCUAGUACUCCGUCUCAUCGCGAUGAUUAUAUCACAUUCCAGUAUACUUGGUCUCUGAAGAUUUGCCAACGAUUGUUGGAAAAUUCCGAGGCUAUUGUAUUGAAUGUAUCACCUGCGUUUUCAACGGCCUACAAUGGUGUUCAGUUCACCUGGGCACUACGCCUAUCUGAUGAAUGCGUCAUUUCUACAUGUGAAUCUGCUGCAGUGCCAUCCGUUCGUCAGGUGCUGGUUCUACUUUAUUACAAGGAUGGACCGUGCAGUGACGUGACAGUCGAAGAAGCUAGGGCUACAAUAUGUUGUCCGCAGACUGGUCAGGAACUUUUCUCUGGUUUCUCCUCGGAGUAUUCCAGGGAAUAUACCAAGGGAAGUGGAUGGCCACUACCACUUGAGAAGUCGAAGCAGUCUGCUUUUACCGCCUUUGUACAUCGAAAUAUUGACAAGCAUCUGAAUAUAGUUGUGGAUAUAAAGUUCAAGAAUUCACUCUUCGAGCCUCUCAGCUACCUGCCAGAUGUUGAGCGCGCCUGCCGAAGUCAACGAAUUGAGAACACAUGCGUGGAAUUUGUAAAUGAUUACUAUAACAAUGCUGUAGAUAUUCCGAAUCUAGACCUCCUUCGAGCACAAGACGACAAGUUUUCUAUGCACCGGCUAGUCUUUCUUUUCGGAUGCGAUCGUGUAGAAAAGGAGUGUUUCGAUGACCAAGAAGGAGUUGUUGCUGAACAUACACUGAACCUCGUUAGAAGUAUUUUUGCACAUGUCUACUUCGAGCGCGUACUCAUGAGGGAAGUGCAAUACUUCGAAGACUUCAUAGCCUUGCUCGAAGGUAUUGGACAAGCGCAUAUUCCUCCUUUGCGGAAGGAAAUCGAGCGGUUCAUAUGCAGAGAAGUAAUGUCGGAAUCAACGGACUCUACGUUCACAAAGAAGAUGCUUCUUCUUGCUGAACGAUACCAACUAGAUGUGUUGAAAAUGGUAGCCAGCGGCGUUUUAGUGGAUCAAAUAAUUGCUCACUCAAACCCGUCUGGGGAACUCGUGAAUAUCUCGCAUGAGCUCAAGAAAAUGGCUAGCGAAAUCAACGACAGCCUGCCUGCUGAUCCCACUACUCCCACUGAAGAUCUCCUCGUAGGUUCUGUUUUGGAAGAUCUGCAGGCAUUAACAAGGCGAGUCCGACGGGUGUCACUCUCACAUUCGCCCUCAUCAGCAACAUCGAGUCCGUCUUCGACACCUUCGGGGGGAGCGACUCCUACCGAUGAGUCCGCACUAUCCCCUGCACCCAUUUUGCCGACGGGUGGUCCUUUUGAGAACGUGGUGACCCCGAGUCGGUUCAAGCGAAUCGAACUUGUGUAAAGCUUUCUAUAAAGAAAAGAUAAUCACAAAAAAUGCUUGCCUAGAAGUGAAAAAUUUCUUUGCAUUGUGUGAAAGCGUUCGUUUGCUUAUAUCUCCCAUUACUUUACAAUUCGAGAAUUGGCUUGAGUUCUCCUCCUUCACUGUCAGGUAGACGCCGACCUCUUUUUCUCGUCUAUAUACACUGUUGUUGCGGUGUUUGUCGUUAUGACGGCACUGUUUCUCGUUUGUUACAAAGUUCAAACCGGUAUACAUAUAUACAAUACUUUAUUCAUUCUUAUUGAAUAUAUAUCUGUACAGCCUCAUUUUUUCCCAUGGUUGCGAUAGCUUGACACCUCUGUCUAUUUGUAGAAUACUUUAACUGCAUAUUGACAAACGUGCAAAGCUCUCUGUAUGUAUAUUAUACUUUUCCUGUCGUGGAAUUCGGUGUACGUUCCGCACGGGUUCUGUUUUUUUUUAUGUUCUGUCUCGUGUACGCGUCAUGUGCAUUUAGUGCCUCUUGUAAGAAUGCGCUCUUUCUCAUUCGCGAAGAGAACUAGUCCAUUGUUUUCUCUUUUCGGAAGUGCUCAGCGCAUUCGUUUUAUGACAGGCGUCGAUCAUCUAUCAGUGCUCUCAUUUUAUAUGACUUUAACAAUCAUUUUGAUGUACACAUUUGAGAGUUUCCUUUACUUUUGCCAUUUCUCGAACCAUCAAUUGCAUGUUGUUAUACGUUUUUUGGGUGAGAAACCGCAUCAGAACUGGUCAACGCAAGAUUCUACUUUAGUAAUAAUCAUAUUUAAACCAGGCACAUUGUUAGUUUUAUUUGGUAGUUACUCAUGUUUUUCUGUAAAUAGUUGUCUUGAAAUGUAUCAUCCACUGCUGCGGUUAUACUCAGUUUCAAGACUAUGUUAAGACUAUUUUCAUUGCUUCUUGAUGCUUUCACUGUACUGAUAGUCUGCUAUAAGUGUUUUCGUGUUUCUAAAUCAUUCUUCAGUUUGUUUAAAGUCAUUCAAUAAAAACUAACAAAAGC